UUUCCAAGUGCCUCUGUCACAACAAUGAAAAUGGCACCCAUCAGGAAUAACCGCGCUCUCGCCGCAAGUUUUCUCUUAAAACCGAAACGUUUUUAAAGUUUACUCAUGUUGUUUCAAAUCUAAAAACUGAAACUAUAAAUCUGGUUUUGAAAAGGACAGUCUUGGGAAUGACUCUUGGGCUGAACUGCAUAUUAUAAAUGCCAUUUUUAUGACUAUAUUUAAUUAUGAUGUGAAGAUCUGGGCUCGGAACUUAAGGGUUUGUAGGUUGUCCUAGUCUUGUUUGGUCCAUGAAGACACUUAACCUCAGGUAAACCGGAUUAAGAGACUGGGAAUGCCGAGAGGGAUGCGCUCGUCUGUGGAUAUUGAGUACAGCUCUGUGGGCGAAGGGCUCGUGAUGCGCGAGUAUUGGCUGUACGUGUGGCUGCGAAGAGUUUCUGUCAUCACUGCACACUUCAUCUCAGUCGGACUGGUUAUUCUCAUAUCCAUACUGUCCAGACCCGGAACAAGUCUUUUCUCUUGGCAUCCUGUCUGCAUGUCACUUGCGUUUUGCCUGUGCAUGACAGAAGGGAUCCUGCUUUUCUCCGCUGAGGGAAGUCCGUUCUGCUUUAAAUCCCGUAAAUGGAAAGUCCGUCUGCAUUGGGUUAUCCAGGCUCUGCUGCUUGUGUUCGGAGCUACAGGCUUUUGUUUCAUGGUGGCCAGUAAGAACGUUUCGGAGCAUUCUCAUUUCACUUCAUGGCACAGUCUGUUGGGCGUCAGCACGAUGGCCGCUACCGUCUUGCAAGCGAUCUGUGGCAUCUUUCUUCUGUUUCCCAAGCUCAUCAGCACUCAGUCGUUUCCUCGAUUAAGACUGUAUCAUGCCACCUGUGGACUGGUGGCCUACCUGUUGUCCACCGUCACAGUCAUGACAGCCAUGUUUACAGACUGGUUUCAGGCUACGGUUAAAGGCAUGACUUGGUACGUCUUCGUGUUCUUACCGCUUUUUCCCGCCUUGGUGGUGAUGAACCAAAUCACCAGUGCCUUUCUGCCCAAAAAGAAGAUUACUAACUGAACACUACUAAAGUCUCACAAUUAGGCGUACAUAGGGCUAUGGACUUUAGUAGAUGUUGGACCAUCCUAAUUUGUUCCCUAGUUUGGUAGUAAGCACAACUCAAACACCAGCUUUCUAAAUUCCCAUAAUGCAUUGUAAACCCAGCAAGCAUCACUUUAUUUUCUAAAAAGGGCAAGUGCACCACUUUAAUCGCUUUUACAAUGAAGAUGCACAAUAAACAAACAAUGCAUCCUCAUUAACAGGCCUGAAUAUAGUCUGCACUUAAUGCAUCAUCAUUAGGGAACCUGACUGCUGCAGUUUAUUCUUUAGUGCAUACUUGUACACAAAAAAACAUUUAUACAUUUGUGUCCACUUAAAGAGCUAAAUUUGAUACAAGCAACUAGUUGUGUUUUGUGCACAACCUUUUUAUGUAAUUGAUAAAGAUGGUGUUAUUGUACUAUGCACUGGUUAGUAUGGAUUCCUCUGGGAAAACAAUGUUUCAAAUGCAAAACAUAACAAAAGCACUACUGGGGUUUUAGUGCAACCUUACUAAUCUUGUGUAAGUCAGCGAGUGUUAUUAAUUCUUGGUUAUAAAUUGGUUUUGCUCUAAUCCUUAUCACAUUCAUGUGAACAUUUUUUGCAGUGUAUUUUACUAUGUUUUAAUUUUGGAGUUUAGUAAGAUACAUCAUAGUUGUAGGGCUGGGUACUGAGAACAAUGACGAUUCAAUUUGAUUCUGGUUUUUAUGGUUAUGAUUUGAUUUUGAAUUAGUUUGAUUAUUAUCAAUUGGUUGGCAAACUUUAAUUUCACAAACUUAGAAUUAACGUUUAAAUCAGGGCUCCAGACUGCCCCCAAAUGGUGGCAUUUUGCCCCUAAAAUUUGAGAGUGUGCCACUGAAUUUUACAUCCAGUCGCACAUAUGCAACCAGUAAAUUUUACCUUUUUUUAGAGUAUUUAUUAAUAAUACAGUGGAAAUUAGUAGAAAUGUGAAUAUUUGGUUAGCAUGUUGAUUUACAGUGUGUUCCCCUAAAUUUUCUGGUUGCGCCCCUAAAAUUUUCAGUUGGGGGCCACUGUGCUCCUAGUGAAAAAAGUUAGUCUGGAGCCCUGUAAAUAUAAUUUUUUACAUAUAAAUGCUGGUAAGCACCUACUUAUCUAGAAGAUUAAUGAAAGACCUUUUUAUUAACAAGUUACGUGCAUUGACAUUACAAUAGUGCACACACAAUUACUGUAGGCUAUGUUUAAUUGAUUUUUAAUUUAACAAAAGAAGUCCAUAAAUUAUAUUUACAUAAAAUGCACACAAGGUUGACACAAACUAAAUAAUAAAAACAUUAAACACUUGAAUUCAUUAACAUAAUGCAAAUUUAAAUAUUACUUUACCAAACUGUACCACAAAGUAUGUUUGAGAUUACGUUUUUAAAAAUUACGUUUAAAAUUGGUGAAUUAAUUUUUUAACCCAGCCCUUCAUGGUAGGAUAUAUUAGUUUUUUUCUGUUUGUAUACCUUCCUGAAUAACACGACACAACUGAAACUUGUUUGAAAUUGUUUUAUGGACGUAAAUUGUUUUGGACUGGAGUGCACUAUUAAAAUAUAUUUUUAACCAAUACAAAAAUUAUUUUCAUCAUGGUUUAUAACUGCAAUUGUUAUAAUGUUUGUUUGUUUCUUGUGUUGUGUUGUAUUUUAUUCAAGUGAAUAACACAAGAUUGCUCUGAUUUAUUUAUUCAUCCGAUAUCUUUUAUAUGCAUUGCUUACUAACACACACCAGAGUAUUUUUUGCAGUUUUACUGUCCCAGAUUGAACUGUAAAUACGGUUUAACCCUUAAUGUGUACUGCUUAUGAAUAAACCGGGAAACAUUUUAUGUCAUAACACAAUUAUGUAAGUUUUAUUGAAUUGUAUGAAAAGAUGUGUUUUCAGUAUGAUAUAUUGGUUAUAUUGAUUUGAUGCAAUACAUAUACUGUUAAAAUGUUUUCUCUUUAUGUAUAGUAAUUGCACAUCUUGGACAAGUUAUCAUUCAUGAAUGUAAAAAAAAACAAUGUCUCAGGGUUGUGGGCUGUGAAUUAUGAAUGUGUAAAGAUAUGUUAAUGUUUAUUUUACUCUGUAUGAAAGUAUUUGAUGAUUUGUGUGAGCUUCCCUUUGAAUAAUAAACUUGAUUGAUUGUA